UCAAUCAGACCCUAACAUCAACGUGCUACUUCCAAAGUCCACAUACACAACUCAUACUUGUACGCCACAAAAGUUGUAGAGUUACUUUGCUAUCUCUAGCGGGGAGAAAAAAAAUUACAACGGUUGCAUAAAUAGACUGGUAAUAUCCACCAUGGGCGCCGGAAACGAACAGGAAGACUCUCUGUCCCAGUCUUCGUCAGAAACGUCGGCCCCUGUAUCAACUCCUCCAGCCACUUUAGCCGCCGACGAAACCCUUGGGGAUGAACACGGUGAUGUUCCGUGGCCAGGCCGCACUUUCUAUAUCAUCGAAAGAGCGACCUGCCGGGCCAUAACUAUCGUGGACGACAAGCCGGUGCUCCAGGAUCUCAAGGGGGACCGCCACCCAAGCACGCUAUGGCACUGCGUUGAGAAGAAUGGGUACUUUGGAUUCCAAAACCCGAGGUCGGGGAGGUACAUCGGCCACGACAGCAACGUCGGCAUCCGGACCGGGGCCAAGCUCCGUGGGUGGGAGCUGUGGACGCCGCGGCAGCACCCCGAAGGGGGGCACCAGCUCCUGUCGCCGCUGUGGUCAGACGCGCUGAUGGUACUGUGCGUUGCCGAGGACGGAAUCGGUCUCGCUAGGCGGAGCCAUGGCACGACCCUUUGGGAAUUCAUUCGGGUCUAGUCUGCUUGGCAAGGCAAGAUAAACUUGCGAAGGAAGAUGCAAUUAGUAUCACACGCUAUUGGAUUCAAAACAAUCUGUCUUAGGGUGG